AUGGAAUCCGAUCAUAAAGGUUGCACGGACAGCUCAUUCUCAAUAAAAGAAGAAGAGGAUUUUAUCGACCUGAAAAAUGAUUUGGUGCACAAAGCUUCUUUCGCAGAACUCGAGUUAUCAACGUUUUGGAUCUCUCUUCAAAAUCAAUAUCCAGAAUUGAGCAUGAAAGCUCUUCGAAGUUUGUUACCAUUUGGCUCCUCUUAUCUCUGCGAAAUUGCAUUUUCUUCAUUGACUGAAAUUAAAUCUAAAAAACGUGAGCGACUUCAGAUGAUUGAUGGAGAGAUGCGAGUGUAUGUAAACAAACCCGAGGAUAAAGCACUGUCCGAAAACUGUCCGAAACCAAUUAACACGCACAAGACUUAG